AUGGAUGACACCCUCCCAGACCACACAUCCAUCACCGUCCCAGUCCCUGUAGCGGAGAUAACAUCUGAAGAACGAUUCAAAGCUAUCCCAGUAGCUGAAAUCACUCAUUUUGUCGUCCAGCUAUCUGCCAAAAGGAUGAACUCCAUCAUGCAAUCUGUGGUAGGGAUUCCAUACGAUCAUAACAAACCUUGGCCAUAUUGGUUUUUCAUCGGAAAGAUCGUAUCGAAGACCUUUCUCAACAACGAAGAACAACUUGAGUGGCUGAAGUUUGUUCAUGUCCAUGACCGGGAGUUCAUUGGGUUCAUCAAUACCCAAAUAAAUCGAGUCUCCAAUCAGGAAGAUGCGAAAGCUGAAGAAGUAUACCUUCAAGUUGUUGAAAUAAACUUCCUCAAGCCCUGA